AUGACCAGAAGAAGUAAAGUUUCCAAAACGUCUAUGUUAAUCUGCCAGGACGUAAAAUGCGAUACAAAAGUUGUUAAACACUUUGAUACGAAGAAUAAUCGUAGGAGUAGUAAUAGGUAUGAAUUUCCAAAUUUUCCUGAAAUUAAAGUUUUUGUUGAUAAUGUUCAAAAGGAGUUGGUAAAUGCUGAGAAUAACUAUUAUAAACAGUACUUAAAAAGGACUUAUGAUAGACAGGUGUUACAAAGGAAAAAUGUAAUACCAAAAACCUUUUCCAUACCAAAGACAACAAAAGUAAUUUCACCUAAACCUAAAUUACCCCUUGCGCGAUCUUUACCAAGUAAUAGGAAAUGCGUACCAAAAUAUUCACCCAAAAAAGAUCAAUUAAAAUGUGGUUUAGAAAGUAGUACAACUACCACCACAAAUGAAUCAGCCCAUAUGAUAACUAACUCAAACAUAAGUCCUGAAACUAUUAUAAGCAAAUAUUACGCAAAUAAGUUAAAAGAUGAAAUAGAAAAUUUUAAAAACACCAACAUAUGUGAUAAAGAAACAGCAAUAACAUUGAAAAUCAAAAAGAUCCAUCAUGAGGAUAACAGCAUGGGUAUGCUAAAAACGAUUAAAAAAGAGGUGGAUAGAUACUCGGACAAUAUACUCGCGUUAAAGGAAGAAAUAUCGAAAAUAAAAGAUAAAUCCAAAGUGGAAAAUGUUGAUCUGGUAAAUGACAUUAAAAUAGAAAUAGACGAAUUCAGAAACGCACCUUUGGUUCAGACUAAAGCAAUCCUGAGCAGGAGUCCAUGUGUUGGAGAUUGGCACUGUGGAAAUGGUGAAUUAUUUUCGUAUAUAGCAGUAAUAAAAAGCGAAGAUGCAUGUCCAGGUGCAAAAGAAAGCGAUGAAAAACUACAAAAGGUAGACAAAAAUGAAGAUACGGAAAAAGAUAAUGAAAUAGUUUUAGUAUUAUCUAAUGUGGCUGUGGAAACUGAAUUGCAGAGCUAUUCAAAUGAAGUACUUACUAACUCGAAUGACACAAGGACUGUUGCAGAUAGCAACAUUAAAAAUGUUACUGAUGGAGUUUCGGCCCUAUCGAUACAGAUGAUAGAGGAUCAAAAAAGGGAUAAAAAAAUGAAAACUAAAAAUAAUUCAAAACGUAAAAAAUCCAAAGAAUGCAUGCAAAAGUUAAGGGAAAAGAUAAAGAACGACCCAAUUUUAUACGCGGAAUGUAAAAGAAAAGAAAGAGAAAGGUACCAUGCAAGAAAAGAAGCUGGAAAAGUAAAAUCUAUAAAUGACUUGAGUGAAAAAGAGAAGAAAAAGGCAAGAGCGCAAUGGAGAGAAAGAAGCAGAAAGUUUAGAAAUUCUGUAAAAUCAGAUAAUAAUCCAGGCCCAUCCAGAAAAAAACCUACUGAAAAGAAAAUAAUUAAAGUUAAAAUUAGUAGAAGUAAUACAGAGUCUCUGAAAGAGGAAAUUGUUAAGCUUCAAAAACAGCUGGAGCAAUCUAAACGACAGAAUGAAAAAGACCGCAAGCUAAUUGAGAAACUUAAAAGUAAAACAACAAAUUUCCCAAAUAUAAGUAAAUGUUCAACAUCAAUAAAGGAUGGUUCUAAAACGCCAAAAACUAUUUUAAUAGAAUUUUAGUUAGGAAACUUUCCUAAGGAAAGAAGUAAAUUGGUGGGUGGAUCUCUCAAUAAUGCAAAGAUGUAGACUGUUUUUUUUUCCAUUUUUACUCUACAAAAUAAGAAAUCCUUAUAACAAUUGGCAGUCCAUAACAAAGAAAGGAAUAUCAUCAAGUAUGAUUGGAACUUUUUUUCCAUUUUUUAUAAUGAAUUCUUCAUGGGUGAUGUUUGAAGUAAAAUACUAGAUGUAGACUUUUUGUUCAAUUUAUUUGUGAAAAAUAAAAACUUUAUUAUAAUGGUGUAUUUUAUUUUAUUGG